GAGCGACAGGUCUCGGCCCCCAGGCGGAGCGGCGGGCGCCGGACCCCCAGGCGGAGCGACAGGUCUCGGGCCCCCAGGCGGAGCGACAGGUCUCGGGCCCCCAGGCGGAGCGACAGGUCUCGGGCCCCCAGGCGGAGCGACAGGUCUCGGGCCCCCAGGCGGAGCGACAGGUCUCGGGCCCCCAGGCGGAGCGGCGGGCGCCGGACCCCCAGGCGGAGCGGCGGGCGCCGGACCCCCAGGCGGAGCGACAGGUCUCGGGCCCCCAGGCGGAGCGACAGCGGGCACCGCGGCAUCUGGCAAGGCAGUGGGCUCCGAGUCAACUGGUAU